CUCGCGCGUCACGACGCAGGACAGGACUUUCAGUUUUCGUUAAAAAUGUCUGAAGAGAAUGGAAAGGAGAGAGAGGAGGCAUGUGGUGCAGUGCCGAAAAAAGCGAGACGGAAACAGAAAUAUAGGCCCGAGUGGGAAAAACAGUUUCCGUGGGUGGGGCCUGCAAAGAAGGAUGCUUGUAAGGCCAUGUGCCUUAUUUGCAGUGUUGAAAUAACCGCCCAGCUCACAACUCUCAAGUUGCACGAAAACACUGCAAAGCACAAGAAAAUGCGUGCGCCAUCCUCAUCCAAAAUACUUAUGGAGUCAUUUACAAGUGCACGUGGUGAUAAUGAAACUAGUAAAAGUGAUUCUGUUAAGGCUGCUGAAAUAAGGCUUACUGCAUUUAUGGUGGAACACAAUAUAAGUUUCCGUGUGGCCGAUCAUCUGUGUGAAGUCCUGAAAGGUUGCUUCUCUGACUCCGCUAUUGCAAAGGAAUUGAAAAUGAAAAGAACAAAAUGUCAAAGAGUGUGUGGUAAUGUUAUGGCACACUCUCACAAACAAGAGCUCAUUAACAUCUUGAAGCAGAACAAGUUGAGCAUUCUUGUGGAUGAAUCCACAGAUAUAUCGGUCUGUCAGAAUUUAUGCAUCAUGCAACUGGACGAUGAGUGGAAGAGGCUUGCCGUAGAAGAUCUGCCUGAAUCCAUUACCAACAUGGCGAAAAAGUGGACAAAAGCAAUUACAACCAGCCUGAUAAAUUUUGGUGUGCCAUAAAAACUCUGGAGGAUAGUGAUGGAAACCCCAAGUUUAAGCUUGUUUCAGACUUUUCACUAGGAUGUCUUUCUUUGCCUCAUGCUAAUGCUGACUGUGAGCGCUGCUUCUCUAGUGUAAACCGUGUGAAAACAAAAGACAGAAAUAAGCUAAUAACAGAAACCGUAAGAGACAUCAUCCUAGCGAAGCAGUGUGUUGCUUCCACAUCCAGCAGUGACUGUACGACCUUCAAGCCAUCAAUCAAAGUCAAUGAUAAAAAACAUGACAUCAAGCGUGCUAUAUUCCUCCAAUGAAGAGAGUGCCGGGGCUGCUGACGACGUGCCGGAUGUAUAUAUAGAAGAACAAGACCAGUAAUCUCCUACAUAGUAAGUAAACAACUUAACGAAGUGUCCUGUAGUUUUUCUCCAAUUAUUAAUGAUAUGUAUUUAGGAAAGUGUUUUGUUUGUUAAGGGCAUUGUUGUUUUUUUUUCAUCACACACACAC